GGGGUGUAUGGAAGCAGCGUGGAGUCUACGAGUCACAUGCCGUCGGCUCCACCCACCCCGCCCACCGCCACGAGAUGGGCGUCCUCAGGAGAACUGCCGGACACCCCUGCCCCGCCCACACCAGACCCCGUGGCAGAGGCUGAGAGGCUCACUAUGUACCGUUGUAUUAUCUCAUCCAUCGUCGAGUCGGAAACCAUCUACCUCGAGUGUCUGGAUGUUGUCCUCCAGUAUAUGAAAGCACUGAAGGCAACACUGACAACAUCUCAGCCUGUGAUCUCACCAGAUGACUUCUCGACGGUGUUUUACCGAAUAACAGAAUUACACGCCACCCAUAGUGAGUUUCUGAACGGACUUAAGGAGAACACGAGUCAGUGGGACGGCACCAACACGAUUGGAGAACUUUUUAGAGUUCUGGCAAGUAAACUGGAUGUCUAUGCCACAUUUCUGCAAAAUUACCCUCGUGCUGUAGAGACAGUAAAGCGGUGCAGCACACAGAGCCCACAGUUUGCUGACAUAACCCGGUCCAUCAAACUACGCUCCCUCCAGAGCCAGGCACAGUCCCUGGAGGACCUCCUGCACCGACCUGUGGCCAGGGUGCAGAAAAAUGCUCUAGUCUUACAUGACUUGCUCAAGUACACUCCUGAGCACCACUCAGAUCAUGAAACACUACGCGAAGCUCUCAGACUCACACAGAACUUCCUCACACACCUCUCCAUGGUACACACUGAAACCAUGUUUCCUGCUCAGGAUCGUCCUCAGCGACAUCUGGUUCGCAACUCAUUCAUAGUGGAGCUGGUAGAAGGUCACCGCAAACUGAGACAUCUCUUCCUGUUCAACGAUGUUAUUGUGUGUGCCAAGUACAAACCAACUGGUAGAUCAGAGAAGUUUACAUUUGAAGUGAAGUGGUACAUCAGCCUCCAUGACAUCGUUGUGUUAAACGACAGUGGACCCGAGACCCUGAAGGAGUCCAACCCUCCAAACCUGGUGUCUCUUAAGUCUCAAGCCUCCACAGUGCGAGACCAGCUGAGGAGGGUGGACAACAUGGGUGAUAAAGGGGCUGGCCGCAUGAACAUUGCGCGGAAUGAGAAACAGAGGAAGAAGUUAGCAGAACUGGAAGCUCAGCUGGUACUAGCAUCACCCAACCUACCCUUCAGAAUAUCCAAGAGAGCCGGCUCAGUCCACACAUUCCUUAUCUCAUCAGAAUAUGAGCGAGAUCAGUGGGGUGAAGCCAUUCAAGUUCUACAGAACAACACCCCUGGUGUCGGAGGAAGCUCCCUCACCCUUCAGGAGCUGCAGGGAUGGAUCACAGCUUGUCGAUCCUUCUUGAAGACCAAUAUGGGGUCAUUCUUGCUCAAAUCUGGUCGAGAUGAUUCACUGUUGCUUGGUGAUCUUCACAUCGUGGUAUCUAGUCUACAUGGCCUCACUAGUCCAGCAAACAUGUAUGUGUGCUUCGAAGUAGACUCGUACGGGCACUUCUUCCGCAAGGCUAAAACAAAGGUCACUGAAGCAGUGGAACCUCACUGGAACCAAGAUUUCAUCAUCGAGUUAGAGGGUUCACAGACUCUCCGUAUUCUGUGCUAUGAGGACCAUCCAAAGCUGGGAACACAGCUGAGGGGCAAAACUCAUUUGGAGCUAUCACGAUCUUGGUUGAACAGUACUUUAACCGAGCGACGUGUCAGCCUCCAGGACCUGGUGUUAGUUCUGUCCCUCAAGUUCCUGCCACCUGAGGCAACCUUAAGAAGGGUGCCCACUGGCAAGUCCUCAGGGCUAUUUGGUGCCAACAUUGCUCAUACUUGCAGACGAGAGAAGCGAAGCGUUCCAUUUAUCGUAACUCGUUGUGUUAGAGAGGUUGAGAGACGUGGCAUGCAGGAGGUGGGAAUUUACCGAGUCUCUGGCUUGGCAUCUGAUAUAACAAAACUCAAGAAAUCUUUUGAAGCAAAUCCUUAUGAAGCAGAGCAACUCGUGAAAGAAGUGGACAUCCACUCUGUAACAGGCCUGCUCAAGCUGUUCCUCCGGGAGCUUCCUGAAGCACUCUACACCAGUGAACUUUACCCACGAUUUUUUGAGGCGUAUAGUGCCACAGACUUGGAAUACAAGAAGACCACAUUGCUCAAACUUUUCUCGUCGCUGCCUCAAUUAAAUCAGUCUAUCAUAGCUUACCUCUUGGAACAUUUAGUCAAAAUUCAUGAAAUGGAGCACCUAAACAAGAUGUCACUGCACAAUCUGGCAACAGUAUUCGGUCCGACUCUCCUAAGGCCCGGAGCUAAACCUGGCAACCCAUCACCAGCAGAAAAAUUGGCUGCAGGGACUGUUGAUGUCAUGGCCCAAGCGGGUAUUCUCCACUUUUUCCUUACCCGGCGUGCAAACGGUGAACCCAUUCAAAUUGGUAAUCACAAUAUAGAAGGGGAGGGCAUGCAAGAAUGAAAAACAGAAAAUAUACCUGCAUGCAAGAUAUCUACAGUACUUUGCAUUGUUUUUACGGCAAAAUCCCCAUCACUCGAGCAAUUUCCAUCUGAUUGCAUCUACUUCCCCAGAUUAAUGUAAGUAUUCUUUUGUAAUACAGUAUGUAAAGAUCAUUUAUAUUGUAGUUUAAUAUAUGAGAAGAACUAGAUCAUCAGCUGCUGAGUUAGGCAAGUGAGCCAAAGAACUUUCUUUAGGAGAAAAAAUAUGUCUGCCAUUGUAGUACAGUACAGUCUUUGUGUGUCGACCAAUGAGACCUUAUGGUCUUAUGCCUAUACUGUAAUGAGUCUUAUGCUACCUAAACUUUUUACAAAGUGACUUUUCCUGCAUUAGAAUUAUACAUGUUAAUGAAUUAGUGUCAAACAUGAAUCAAUACACAAGAGCUUUAAACUCAAAGCCUUAUAACUGAAUUGUCUGGAGAAAAGUGUUUAUUUACAAUACAUUAUACUCUAACAAUUAUUACUUUCUUCAGUACUAAAGAAAAUGUUUUCUGUGUUUUGUGAUACAGUAGCUGUAUAUGUAUAUGUAUAUAAUUCUCUGGGUUAUAAAUUGAUGCUGCAGCUACAAGAGUUGGUUAGUUGAAAAAGUUACCUUUAUUUCUCCUCUGCUACAAGAUGAUACAUAAAUUAGCCCAGCCAUAGUCUCAAUGCCUUAAGAGCAAGAUGGUUAUUGCUGAUGCACACAUAAUUCACUUGUAUGGCAUAGGGCCUCUUGUAUCACAUGAACAUAUUUCUAGACAACAAAGGAAUGUUAAACUGCCAUUCCAUUACUGUUUGCAGAAGUAUUUUAUUUACAUUUUGUGAUCAAGUCCACUUUUGUUUAUCCUCAACCAUUCCUGAGUUUCUUUAAUCUCCAUUAUUUUCAUGUUAUAUAUUUUGGUUGUUGUCGAGCUACUACUUCGUUUCAUAACUUUUAUUGUAUAUGGUUUAUAAUUUUCUCUAUACAGUAAUACGAAGUUUCAGUGGGAAUGUUGCCAUAAUUUGUUCUUUGUAUUAUAAUUCCAGUGAUUCAUAAUUUAAUUUUAAGCCAUUACUACUGUGAUACAUUUGUGUUGCGUGAUGCUCUUCUUUUUUUAUUUAGUUGGCUGUAAUUUGUGAAAGAUGGUGAUACUUUUCCUGCAUAUGUUCUUUAAAACCUUGCAAAAUAUUUUUUCCUUUCUUGUUUGUAAGAACAUUGCAUUAGACAAAUUAAUGUGUUGUUUCCAUAGUUUCUCAGUGGUUAUUAUAAACAGGUUGUUAGUGAAAUGGGCCUCCAUUCUAUUGGGCCCCAACCUAACGUAACCGUUAGGAUUUUAAGCCUUUUACAACUGGACUCCAAGUGUAAUGAUUGGUGAGGUUAGGUUAGGAUUUAAUAUGACUGGGUCCCAUUUGACUUAUCACCCGACAACAGUAUCGUAGUCUCAGGCAAAUUAUCGGAGGAAUUGUACAAAACAGGAAAUCAGUGAUCACUUUGGCCUUUGUGAUUUUUUGAUAAUGUUGUGUGUGAGAUAGGAAUUAACCUUCCUAUAACAUAUCUGAGUAUACCAGAGUAUGUCAUGUUAGGUUUACUCUGAACAGUAGUCCUUUUUGAUGAACUACUAGCUACCAUGUGUUCACUACCUUGUUUUGCCUUUGUAUCAGUGGAUGAAAAACAAAAGUCAACAUUUUUGGAUAACAACCGAGGCCUUCUGAAAUGUACUGACAUAGUAUGUUCUACUCAAGGGGGAAAUGCCUAAUAUUUUUUAAUACCUUUACUAAGUAUAUUAGUGAGUAUGUGUUGUUUGUAUUUUCCAUACUAGACUGAUGAAACUUAUUUAAUUCAUGUGGCUCCAAUAUUGUAGCAUAGCAUAUUAUAAUCCAAGCCCUGUAAACACUGGUCAUGAUAUUUUAUUAAUGGUGCACUAUUUGUCCUGUGUGAGGUGUUAAUGUCACUUUUACACCUUAACAAAAUGCAGGUUUCCAGUCACAUUGCUGCAGUGGAGCAUUGCAAGCGUCGUAGUAGCCUUUUAAAAAUAAUACUCUGCUCAUAAUUCAGAAUUGUGAGAAAAAUUAUGUUAUAUGCUUAUGUCGCUGUAGAUACUUGUAUACUGUAUAUAUUUGUACAUUGUGCUUAUUUUGUACAUUGGAAGUCAGGAUAUUCUUGUGUAAAUGUAUCAGUGAAGACAUGUUAUAUUUUAGGUUAGUUUUAUCUUAAGCCUCAUCAGAGACUAUAUAGUAUAUAAACUCUUCACCCUCUGGAAAGAUAAACUUCUACUUCAAUACAGGAGAAAAUAUUAAUGUUCUUCGAAAAUACAAUUGUGGAUGAAGAAGAAACGGAACACUACAGACUUGUGUAUAUUGCUGUGUAUCCAUGACCCAGGUAACUUAAUUGUGUUUGUUCAGUUCAAAUUUUGAAUCUUUUUCAAUAAUGGGUACAUGUUAAUUCUUUAUUAUAAUGAAUACACUAUACCAUUAAUUUAGUGGCUCUAAUAAUUGCAUACAAUUUAAUUUACUUCAGCUACUUUUACAAUUUCUAAACAUCACUCAUUUAUACAAUUGUGUUUUUUCAAUGAAUACUCAACACUGUUUAUCUAUAUCAAUUUAAAACAAAAAUAUAUUAAACAAUGCCCAUAACUAUUCUUUGAUUUCACAAAUAACUUAAUGUUUUGUUUAUUCUUCAGUGAAACUGAUAAUUGAUAAGUAUUCUGUAAACUAUGAGAUGCUAGGAGUUAAAACUCACAAUGUUAGAUGGAAACUUUAUUUCUGUACAGUUUUCAUAUUUGCUUACCCCAACUACAUUCGUUACCCCCUUCACUGUGGUGACGCCAAUUUUAAUAUUUUAUUUGGCCAACGCCAGAACACUUUAUUCAGCUCAGAGGGGGACCUGUGCAUAAGGGACUAAGUAACCAGGAGAGUGAGGCUGCAGGCCACAUACAAGCACAGAUAUAUAGAACUGAACAAAUAGGUAAGGACACUGUAUUGUUGGAUUAGGAACUGUCAGGUAAAAGAACCAAAACUUUAAGUGGUCAGUAUCAUGUCUUAGAAUUUAUAUUUCUGAAGGAAAGCUGAUUUUUCAAUAGUGUACUUCUUAUGCCAGUCAGUUUUAUGGAAUACAGUACAGUAUGUUGCUUCUCUUCUAAUCUAUUCUGUGAAACAGGAAUAAUUAUUUUUAGUACUUGUACAGGUUGUACCUCUCUAGUCCGGCAUUCUGUGGUCCGGAAACACCCGUGGUCCGGAACGAUUUUAGUUUGUCCAAUAGGUAGAUAGGCAACUUUU